UUAUUUUCUUUUUCCACAGAAAGUGUAAAAUUGUUUUUCUAAAUCCUCUCGGUCCAUUAUUUAAGCCAAAAAUAACAUUUAUCUUUAAAAAGUUAUGACAAGGGUGGAUUAUAGUUCUUAAUAUCGACAAAGGUGCACUAAAUAGAAGCGUAACAUAUAAGAUUAAGUAUGCAUCAAUGGAUGCUCUUACAUUAACUGGGACAGGUAACAAUACAACAAUGCAUAUGCAAGUCCAUCUGGAUGGACAAUCACCAAAUUUGGAUGAACACGGACAACAUAUAAAUCAACAACAGCAGCAACAUCACUUAGUUAAUCUCGGCGAUAUAACCGAUUUGACGCCUGAAUUGCAUGAAGAUAUUGUUUCUAUACCUAAAGAGGUUAUGCUCAUAUCGCUUGUGUCACAAGAACAGGCACUUUACAAUCCCAAACAUAAAUUUUAUCGCAAUACAAGUCGUAAAGAUGCUAAAUGGCAUGAGAUUGCAAACACUAUUGGCUGGACAGAGGCACAAUGCAAAUCGAAGUGGAAAGCAAUGCGUGAUCAAUUUUGUCGUGAGCUUAAACGUAGCAAAUUUAAUGUGAAAGCAAAUGUAAAAUGGAAGUACUUUAAAGAGUUGGAGUUCUUGCGGCCAUUUGCACUCUCAAGAAACUAUCGUCCCCGCACUAUUACCAAAAAUGAAAACAUUAGUUCUUCUAGUGCUGAAGGGAAUAAUGCAGCCCAAAAGCUACCGAGUAUAAAAAUCGAAAAUGAGCAAUUCAGUAACUGUGAUUUUGGUACCGAAGGCAAUGUUUUAGAUUCACACGAUAAGCUGGAUGCAACUACUACCCGACUUUUAACAUCAUUGACUGAUGAACAGUUGGAUUCGGUGAUGCAGCACCAUAGUGGUAGUUGGAGUUACCUGACUACAAAUACGACAACAGCGACAACAGACGUGCAUACCUUGCAAACUAAUCAACAUAACACUAACGUAUUAGACGAUAACAAUUUGCUGCAACAUACACAAACAAAUACAAGAACUGUUAGUAUGCUAUGUGCAUUGGUUGAAAAUGCUGCAAGCGGUGCAGGCAACAUGCAGCAGACGCAACAGCAUAAUGAUGAGGAAAACGAUGAUCCACUGAAUACUUUUCUCGACAUGGAAAGUUUCUUUGAAAAAGACCUCAUAAGCAUUGUUCAACAAGAAGAUGUACUUUAUAAUAAUUUCCAUCCCAAUUAUCGUAACUCUAAAUUGAAACUUGAUUUAUGGGAUGAAAUUGCAACCAAAUUAAAAAAGCCUGUGGGUCGUUGCCGUCUAAAAUGGAAAGCAUUGCGCGAUCAAUUUAUUCGUGAGCACAAACGACUGAAAGGCCGGGAAAACUCUAACUCAUUGCCACGCUGGAAACACUACGAUGCACUAAGCUUUCUUAAGAAUUUCAUAAAACACAAAUCACGCAAUUGCGAUGUAAAAAAUGCUACUAAACAAUCUAAAAGAGAAGUAGAGACAGAUAUAGACGAGCACAUGAUUGACAGUCCGCCUUUGCAUUCACCGCUGGAAGUGGUUCAGCAAGAUUUAGAACAGACAUUACCAUCCCUAUCAGGACCACAUGCACAACAUCAGCUGCACGCAACAACAACACAUGAUAUUUGCGUGGUAAAUGGCAGUAGUGUUAGCGCGUAUGAUGAGAUGGAUAUCGAUCAUUACAUUAUUGGUCAUGCCAGCGAAACGGGCGCGCACAAUGAUAAUGAUGAUUUGGAUGAUGAUGAUGAUGACGAUGAUGAUCGCAAAUCUGGACAACAUUUUACAGAUUUCACUGCAAAUUCCGCCAGCAACAUGACUGCCAGUAAUAAUUCUAAUCAACAACAUGAGGGCAUACAUGAGUUAACAUCGGAGGAGCCGGACUUUAAGGAUAUAAAGGAGAAUGUUAUGUUGGCACAACAAACCUUACAAGUUCAAUUGCAGCAGCAACAGCAACAACAACAACAGCAGCAGAAGCAGCAACAACAACAACAACAACAACAUGUGCAUCAACAAUCACAGCAGCAACAGAUGAUACAACAGCAACAGCAGCAGCAACAGUUGGUGCAACAACAGCAGCAACAACAUCAAUAUGAUAGCCAUCAUCAUGCACAACAAACACUAAUAAAGUUAACAUCACAUCCAUCCCAACGCCAUCAGCCGCAGCAUUUGAUCACUUUAGAGGUUGGCAACAAUCGACACACUUCCCCACUCACCAUAAGCGACGAGUCUAUCAUGCAGCACCAGCAAUUGCAGCAGCAGCAGCAGCAGCAACAACCACACAACUUUAGCAAUGACAUGAAACAACAGCAACAACAAGACUUUAGCAACGACAUGAAACAGCGCCAUGAUUUUAGCAAUGACAUAGAACAACAACAGCAACAACAACAACAACAUCCGCCUCAACAAACGCUACAAGCACACAUAAAUGGUCUAACAAAUGGUGGCAAUACCAAUUUAAUCGCCAACAAUAAAUGUCAAAAUAUGUUGAGUGGAACUUGUGGCAUGACGACGAUAAUGAGUACAAGUAGUAGCUCACUCAGCUUGGAUGGCAUCACUUUGCAGGCGUUAACUAAUAGUUUGUCAAAUAAUUCACCCACAAAAACAACAUUUGCCACAAUGACCUCUACACCAAGCACUGCCACUGUGAUGUCUACGCCAACAUCUCCGAAUCAGUCAAAUCAGGCUAAUCAAAGAACUCCCGAAAAUGCGGGCGACGAUGAGGUUGGCGCUUUCUUUAAAGCAGUUGCAAUGAAAAUACGUAAUGCGAAAAUGUCGCCGGUGGCUUUUACUGAUCUACAGAUCGAUAUACUGCGUGUCAUAAACGAAACAUUACGAAAUAAUUAGUUAAAAGUCUAUAUACAUAAAGUUGAUGUGCUAUUUGCAAUUAUUCAUCUGUACAUAUAUAAAGCACUUAGUUGAUUUUUAACACUUUCUUUAGAUAUUCAUGUGUACUUUUGUUAAGACGAAAGCUACGCGUGCAGUUGCAACUCGCAUAUUUUAGUUUUCAUUGUAAGAAAAAUAUUUUACCUGAUUAUAAUCUGAUAAAUUUAAUAUUAUAGCAACAAAAUUUGUUGGAGGAUACUUAUGAAGCAACCACUUUUAAAAAAUUUUAAAAAUUAACUUUACUAUAUUAUAAAGUUUUACAUAUAAAAGGGUUUACGAUAAAAUUUAAAAUUAAUGAAAUUAAAAAAAAAAUUAAAAUCAAUGAAAUUAAAAUUUUAGUAAAUAAAAAUUCAUGAUUGUUCCAACAUAACUACAUACAUACAUCUCAUUAUGCAUAAUUGGAAAGUUUUGAAAUCUUUUAAAUU